UUGUACGAAAGCGAAUAGUCGUAUGGUUCAUUAUUUAUUGUGAAUACGCGAAGAAACUGAGGGACUCCUAGAUUUUCUUUUGUGUUUUUCAAGUGAUUAGCAGGAUUGUGUUAUUUGUGAAAUAUAAAGUUAUAGUGCAUUAACGUGAGGAAAAUCGAUGAGAUUGUGUGUACAGUGUUGCGAACAAUAUGUGCAGUGUUGAUUACGAAUGACAUCUGCUAGAAGAAAAACGGAAUUGCAGUAGUUAGAGGACGUGGAUUACGCAUCGUACAGGAUGAAUGGGACCGAGACCAUCACGGUAUCGGCUCAGCCUAUGGCGAAAACGCACAGUCUGCUAGAGCCUCUGCAACAGCCGAUGUUCCUGCAGACACAGACUGCUCAGAUAAUCGCCGGGAUAUUUGUAUGGACUGCGCUGUUUAUCACUUGCCAACAGAUCUACCAGCACCUGCGCUGGUACACAAACCCCUCAGAGCAACGAUGGAUCGUACGCAUCCUGUUCAUCGUUCCCAUCUACGGCUGUUACAGCUGGAUCUCUCUGUUGUUCUUCAACGGAGACUCUUACUACGUGUACUUCUUCACAGUCAGGGACUGCUAUGAAGCGUUCGUGAUCUACAGCUUCCUGUCCCUGUGUUACGAGUACCUAGGAGGCGAGGGAAACAUCAUGUCCGAGUUACGAGGCAGGCCCGUGCGUGCCUCGUGCGUCAACGGCACAUGCUGCCUCGCCGGCGCUACCUACACCAUCGGAUUCCUGCGGUUCUGCAAGCAGGCCACACUACAGUUCUGUCUCGUCAAGCCUGUCUGCGCUUUUAUUAUUAUAUUCUUACAGUCGGCAGGCCACUACCACGACGGUGAUUGGAGCCCCAACGGCGGCUACCUGUACAUCACGAUCGUGUAUAACUUCUCCGUCAGCUUGGCUCUCUACGGCCUCUUCCUCUUCCUCGGAGCCACCCGCGAGAUGCUCAAGCCGUUCGACCCGGUGCUCAAGUUCUUCACCGUCAAGUCUGUUAUCUUCCUCUCGUUCUGGCAAGGCGUCGCCCUAGCCAUCCUAGAGAAGGCGCAAGUGAUAAUGCCGAUAGUGGACGCUAACAACGUGCCCACGACCGCCGGUACCGUCUCGGCGGGCUACCAGAACUUCCUGAUCUGCAUCGAGAUGUUGGCCGCCGCCAUCGCGCUGCGCUACGCGUUCCCGGCCGCCGUAUACGCGCACGCGCACCGCGACCCUCACCGCUCCGUCACUAUGCAGUCCAUCUCUAGCAGCUUGAAGGAGACCAUGAACCCCAAGGACAUAAUGACGGACGCGUUCCACAACUUCCACCCGCAGUACCAGCAGUACACGCAAUACAGCUCCGAUGUCACUUCUCACCUGCCUUAUGAGAAACUAUAAGCUCUGCCAUAGCUGUGCUGUGCAUGAAAAGCAUUGCUGUAUUUGUGUCUGUACCAUACAUACAUACAUACGAGUAACAUCCGAGCAUGGAAACACCACUAACAUGGCUCAAAACAUCAGUAUAACUACGAGUUUUACCCAUUUACUUUGCGUCUCGCUUGUGCUGGCAUGUUAGCGCAGGCGAGAUGCAAGUAAGUUAUACCGACGUUAGCGAAUAUGUCAACACGAAGGGCCUAAAUAUACAGGGCGAUUCACAAGAGUUGGCACGAGUGGAAUGAAUGAGUGAAUGAAAGUAUGCAUGUGUGUGACAGAUUAACCAAUAAAAUGGUAGCUCUUGACAGUGUAUAUCGAUACAGGUGACACUCAUACAAUCAAAGUUUUGUUCAUUGCAUUCGUGCCAAUUCUCAUGAAUCGACCUGUACUAUAGGAUCAACGAUUAUUAGAAAUGCGAGAUUGAAAUAUUGUGUUCUGAUAGCUAAGAUUGGUACCAACGCUGACACUUAAAAUUAAACAUAUCUGUAAAGAUAUAGUGCGAAAAGAUUUGCCUUCGUAUUGUUACGGAAACGUACUAACGUGUCAUGCUAUUUCAGCCAGUCUCAGUACAAGAUGUACUGACAUUGACUGAACUAGCAUGACAAAUACGAAAGUUGCCCCAAAAAAUACGAAGAAAAUACAAUGACAAAUUUAAAAAAGUUACGUUAGUAAUGAAAUGAAAAUCAAUGUGAAAUGAGAUUUGAAGCGGUUUUUCGGUGCUCGGCUAUUCGACGUUAUGUUAAUAUAUCUGUUAAGAUGUUUUUUAUUUUAUUUUUGUAAUGUAUGAGGUUUUUGACUAGUCCGACGAAGCUCCUGAUAACUAACUUGUUUAAAGUGACUUAAUGAAUAAUCAGUAUGAAAGUUAUUUCUAGUAGUGAUGAGGCAGACUGCUGGGUCAUAUUCUUUACAUGAAAAUAUGUUAUAAUUAAUUUUAUUCAUCAUAGAGAUUUCUAUACUUUCAUCAUACAAAAUCGGACUAAUCAUUGCCAUAAUGUAGUUUUCGUACUUACUGCCUAUGACGCCUAUUGAAACGGAGUGUUGUAAGCAUUUCUUAGUAUUUUAAUGUUUAAUUUUCUGUGAUUUUUAUUUCUUUUGUAUAUUUUUUUUUGUUAUUCCGUAGUUAGCGGAUAAAAUCCAAUAGAAGAAGCUAGGCUUGAUAACGAAGUAACUUUUCGGAUUAAAUUUCUUUUUAGGCUAAUUAGUAUAUGAGAUUGUUUUAUUAUAUCUGCAUGACGACUAUUUGUUGUGAGUUACUACACAGGGUCGAUAGUUUGGGAACCCAUGCCUUUGUUAAUUUCCCAGAGAGACCAAAGGACGGUAUGUGAAUACAAUCCACCGUUUUCUGACUUCAGAACAGCUGUGAAUAUGCUUUCUAAUCAUAUACGGUUUUAAUUUUUAACUUUUCAUGAAUAUAAUAUAAUACCAAUCAGCGUCUUGUAUUGAAAUAGGAGCAUAAUAUUAUUUGAAGCGCUAACAUUCAAUCGGUAACAGACCCACUGGCUAACAUUUGACUUAAGGUCAAUACGGAUAAGUGUGUCAUAAGGGGAAAUGUGUCUAGCCCCGUAGCCAAAUGACAUUUGACGCGAAACGAAAACGAAACUCCUCGAAAGGUAGUCUGGCUCUGUCGCGCCAAUACGCAAGAGCGAUAGAUAUGUACGAGCGUUUCGUGAACGUUUGGGCAUUCGGCUACGCACGCUGGUCUUCGCAUUUGUUCUUUUUACUCAUUGUCGCAGAUGUUUUCGAGAGUUUAUACUUUUGCUACUUGCUAGUUUUGCUACUCAUUAGGCACUGGUCUCACCGCGAGCUAGUAAACUAUGAGCUAUCGGCUAUAAAAACGAACAAAAGAUAAUCACUAUCGCGUAAAUAAAAGAG